UCCAACGAGUGGUAAAAUAAUUAACUUGACAACAUCUCAAUGCUAUGCACUUCAAAAAGUCAAGCGAAAUUUAAGGCCUAUUGCUGAAAUACUUCUCCAAUUGCUCACAUGCAUUAAUGCAUACUGAGUCCACAUUUUGCGCAGACCUUCAGAUCCAAGCCCACGUGGAUCCAACCCCUUAUUCAUCAAUGAACAUCAAUAUAUAAAACAAACAAUCCCUCACAUCAAUACCAGAUAAUGUUGUGUCUCUCUGUCUGAUCCUUCACCAUGCCCCCUUUGCAACUCUUCCUCUUCCUCUUCCUCUUCCUCACAACCUCCAAUGCUGCAUCUCCAAAUCCAUUCACAGCCAAGGCUGCACUGAUUCGCUACUGGGAUCGCAAAACCCCAAACCAACGUCCGCAUCCAUCCUUCCUCCUCUCCAAACUCUCCCCACUCUCUGCUCUUGAUUCUACUACCUACUCCUCUUUGCUUUCCUCUAAUCCAUCAUCACUCACUCCCCAUCUCCUUAUCUUCUGUUCUGCAGCUAAUCUCCUCUGCUCCCCAUCCCUCACUUCCAAAUCCCCCAAAGACUCCAACUUCGCCAACUACAACAAUGUAAAUUUCACCAACUACGGCACCGCCACCGCCAGCGGCCAAGACUCCUUUAAGAAGUACUCCAAGUCCCAAAUCGUCCCCGUCGACGUUUUCCGCAGCUACUCCCGAGCCUCCGCCGGCCACGACGAGACCUUCACAACAUACUCCCCCAACGGCACCGUCAUCACUGACAACUUCACCUCUUACGCAACCACCGCCACCGGAGGCUCCGGUGACUUCACUUCCUACGGCAGUUUCUCCAAUGUCCCCGAACUCACCUUCAAAAAUUAUGAAACCGGAAGCAACGGCCAUGCCCAGAACUUCACUUCCUACUCUGAUGACACCAGGGUCGGCGACGAAACAUUCACUGGCUACGGCAAAGGAGCCACUGGCGUUCCCACAAACUUCAAAUCCUACGCUAAUCACUCCGACCUAAUCAUCUCCACGUUCAAGAGUUACGGCGAGGAUGCUACCGGUCCCUCGGACACCUUCACCAAAUACGGCAACAAUCCUGGGAUUUCUCAUCAAAACUUCCAAUCUUACAGUGAGAAUGCCAAUUCUGGGAAGGAGAGGUUCUCCAGCUACCGUGGUGACUCGGAUGUAGGUGAUGAUAAGUUCCAGUCUUACGGUAAGGGCGGGAACCACCCCAUAGUGGAUUUCAAGACUUACGGCCAUGAUUACAAGACGGGUGAGGACCAUUUCAAGAACUAUGGUGAGAAGGCUAACAACCCCGAGAUUUCCUUCACGACAUACAAAGGCAACCCCACCGAUUUCAAGUCCUACGCCAAGACCGGAGUCAUCUUCAAGGAUUACGAGAACACCACCACUCCAUCUGCGAAGGUUGAGUCCAGUGGCAAAACGGUAAAUAGAUGGAUUGAACCGGGCAAAUUCUUUAGAGAGAGCAGCUUGAAAGAGGGGAUAGUGAUGCCGAUGCCCGAUAUCCGGGAUAAGAUGCCGGAAAGGUCGUUUUUGCCCAGAGAUAUUUCAGGGAAAUUACCGUUCAAUGCCAUCGAGCUGGGUAACAUCUUUAAUGCGCCUGCCGGCACGGGGUUGGGAGCCAUGGCUGACACAAUCAGCGAGUGCAAGCGCGCGCCGAGCCAUGGCGAGACCAAGCAGUGCCCGACGUCGGCGGAGGACAUGAUCGACUUUGCAGUGUCGGUGCUUGGGAACGAUGCGGUGCCACGGACCACUGAGAACGCGAGCGGGUCCGGAGACAGCAUCAUGAUUGGGAAAGUGAAAGGGAUUAAUGGCGGCAUGGUGACCAAGUCAGUGUCAUGCCACCAGAGCUUGUUUCCAUAUCUAGUAUAUUACUGCCACUCGGUGCCCAAGGUGCGGGUAUACGAAGCUGAAAUCCUGAGCGUUGAAUCAAAGAAGAAGAUUAACCAGGGUUUGGCCAUCUGUCACCUGGACACGUCAGACUGGAGUGCUGGUCAUGGCGCGUUCGUGGCGCUUGGGUCGAAACCGGGUGCGAUUGAAGUGUGCCACUGGAUCUUCGAAGGUGAUCGUGAUCUCACGUGGGCGGCUGCUGAUUGAUAUCUGUUUAUUUUAGCAUCCCGAUAAUUAUGCUUUAUGUGGGUAAGGUCAUGUAAAUGGGCUUAUGUUUAUGUGUUGGUACCCGAGAAUGAGUGGUCGUUUAUAUGUAUUUUAAGUAUGUAAUGGUGUUUCUAAAGUUUGGUUCAUGCUUCUCAUGGUAUGUUGCUGUGAAAUAAUUAGCCCAUUUGUGGAAGA